CUCUCUCUCUCUCUCUCUCUCUCUCUCCCCCCCUAUGAGUUGUAGUUUCUAGGCUGUAUGAGUUCCAGUACAUCCACAACCCGGUCCGCCAGGCUGCGGCCGAUGUCUCUCCCCUCGCUACCUGUACCUACCUGACCUUACCUUACUCCUCCUCCUACACUACCGUGUCACACAUGGCGCGGAUGCCUGGCCUGCGUCCUAAAAGGCUUGCCGUUUCUUAUCUUCCUUGGAUGCUCCACCCUUUCGACGCUGUUUGCAACUGACUACAUCUACCUUACGCUUCCUUCUGCUGCUGCUGCUGCUGCUUCACUUUCGACCACCUGCCGGACGUCGGCAUCCGUCCGCCAUGGAUAGAGAAGCAUCCUCCUCGCUCAAGAACAAGCAUCAACACCUCCCCCGACGAGAAGAUACUAGUAGCCCACCAUGGGAGCGCUCAGUCACCAUGCAAGUGCCAUUUACCAAUGCCAACACACCCGCCCCAUUGUCGAUAACGCGAGGCCAUACUGUACCAACGCUAUGGACUGCACGUAACCAUGACUCUCGACGGCAGCAGCAGCAGCAUCAUCAUCACCAUCAUCCACAGCUUCGACGAUCACAAUCCAUCAGCGAAGACUCACCAAUUGACUCUGCCCUGGAAACUUGGCAGACGAAGAAACAAACAUCACCCUACGAAACCCCAGUAUAUCUCCUUCCAUCAUCCACGGGACUGAAUACAGCUGCAUCGGCACCCCCAUUUGUCAUGGAACCUACUCGUCUUCCAGGUCGCCCAGCACCGCCUUUGACUCCUCCAGACAGUAUGCGCAGUAGAUCCGUCGACGCCACCACUACCACUAGAACAAGUACAACAACAACAACAACAACACCAGCACCAUUAGACGACAACACUCCCUUCCCCACCGUGACCGCUUUCCCCGGCACCAUGUUCACGCGGCCUGGUAUCCGACGUCCGCAAUAUAUUUCUCUUUCCGAUGAUAAUAUCAAACCAUCUCCCUCUCAUUGCUGCUGCUGUUCCUCCUCCUCCCAACAACACCAACAUCAACAUCAACAUCAACAUUCCGAGCCAGAUGAUGCUCGACUGGAGCAGGACAAAGCAGGACAUCAUGAUGCUGCAGCAGCAGGCAAGCCACGAUGGAAGGCGGCUCUGAAAGGCAUGUUUAAGAGAAAACCGAUGAAUGAUUCGGAUUUUGUGAGGAUUGGGGAUCAGCAUUGGACUGAUGAUUGAAUGCAUGAAUAGAUGGAAUGAAUAGGGGAUGUAUCUAUCCAAAACGAAGGAAGAAGGUUCUGGA